GCAGCCGGAGCCGUCUGGGAAGAGAAGACAAACUGUGCCUUUGGCUGGGGGUUUUUUUGGCUCUUUUUUUUGCCUCGAAAAGCUUCAAAAUCAGAGGGGGGUGGGUUUCCCCCCCUCAAAAAAUGAUUUUAGUCCCGGGGGGGUUGGAUUUGGAGCAGGGUGAGGGUGAAAUUCCUGCCGGAACGGAGCGGGGAAUGUGGCUGAUGCCGGUUUUCCUUGUGUUUGGCAGUCAGGAGGAGGGAGGAAAAUGAAAGCAGGCUGCAGCAUCGUGGAUAAACCCGAAGGAGGAGGAGGUUAUCAUUUCCCCGAGUGGGCUUACAAGACCGAGUCCAGCCCCGGCUCCCGGCAGAUCCCCAAAGGUGGGAUGUUGAUGGUGAUAAAAGAAAAUAAGCAUUUUAAAGAGGUAUUUUUGGGCUGGGGUUUGAUCUCUCUCGCUCUCCUCGGCAGAUAUUAUUACAACAAGAGGAUCCUCCACAAGACGAAAGGCAAAAGGUUCACCUACAAGUUCAACUUCAACAAGUUGGUGAUGCCCAACUACCCCUUCAUCAACAUUCGGCCUAACGGUGUGGUCCCGCAGAGCGCUCCCCCCGUCCCCACCGCCUCGUCCCGUUUCCAUUUCCCACCUCUGGACGGCCACUCUCCCACCGAAGAUGCCCAACCUUCUCGUUUCUCCGGCGGUUCCUUGAUCCCUUCCAACCCGGAGGGACUGGGGGAAGGAGGCGAAAGGAAACCAGAAAUUCCAGAGCUGGAGGACGGCACCUCGGAUUGGCGCCGGGGGGUGGAUCUCAUGGCUUCCCGGAACGCCGUGGGGGCCGGCGGUGGAGGUGGAGGUGGUGGUGGUGGUGGUGGCAUCAACCAUCAGAAACGCAAACCCGAGAUCAUGCUCCCACUUUUCACCCGCCCCGGGAUCUACCCGGAUCCUCACAGCCCUUUCGCCGUCUCCCCUCUGCCGGGGCGCGGGGGGGUCCUCAACGUUCCCAUCUCGCCGGCUUUAUCCUUGACCCCCACCCUUUUCUCCUACAGCCCCUCGCCGGGGCUCAGCCCCUUCACGGGGAGCAGCUGCUUCUCUUUCAACCCCGAGGAGAUGAAACACUACCUGCACUCCCAAGCCUGCUCCGUCUUCAACUACCACCUGAGCCCGCGGACUUUCCCCCGCUACCCGCUCAUGGUGCCACCACUACAGUGCCAGGUCCCCCCCCUGGAAGAACAACCCCAGUUCCCCAUCAAGCUCCAACCACCCCCCGUGGGGCGUAAAAACCGGGAGAGACUGGAAAGCGCCGAAGAAGCGGUCACCACCCCCCAUUUGGCUUCUCCUCCUCCUCCUCCUCCUCCUGCUCCUCCGAGGGUCAAGGUGGAACCCGUCGUGGAGAAGGAGGUGGAAGCCCAAGAAGCGAAAGGCAAAGAGAAAAACGAGAUGGAGGAAAAUGGCGGAGAAGAGGAGAAAGGAGGCAUCUUUGCCAGACCCGUGGCACCUUCUUGGUCCACCCACCCGGCGCCGCCGCCGUCGGCCCCCGGUUCCUCGGCCGAGGAACCUCAGGAGCAAGGGGAGAGAGCACCUGGUGGUGGGGAAGCUCAGGAGAAGAGAGAGGACGCCCUGAUGCCCCCCAAGCUGCGGCUCAAGCGCCGCUGGAACGGUGACCGCCAGGGAGACCUCCCCCCCGAGGAAAGGCCCAACGGCCGCCUCCACUGGAACGGGGG